AUCCCUGGAUGUCUCUGAUGAUGCAGCUCUUAAUCUUGGUCCUGCUUCCUGUGGCCUUGCUCCUUCCCCCUGGGUCUCAGGCUGGUGAGAUCAUUGGGGGUCGGGAAGCCAAGCCCCACUCCAGACCCUACAUGGCCUAUCUGAAAAUACAACGCAAAGGGAAGACCUAUAUCUGCGGAGGGUUCCUGGUGGCGGAGAACUUCGUGCUGACGGCCGCUCACUGCAAUGGAGACGAGAUCUCUGUCAUGCUGGGAGCCCAUAACAUUAGAGAACAGGAACAGAGCCAACAAAAAAUCUCCGUUUGCCACCGGAUCCCCCACCCGCAGUACAACAAAGAGACAACAAACAAUGAUAUCAUGCUUCUGCAGCUGGCGAAGAGAGCGAAGCUGAACAGAUGGGUGGAUACCAUUGCCCUGCCCCGCGCCAGCGAGAAAGUAGAGGCAGGCGCCAUGUGCAGUGUUGCCGGCUGGGGCGGCACUAGCACAGAUUGUGAAUUGACCCCGGCCAGGCUCCAGGAGGUAGAUGUGGUGGUGAUGCCGGAUGCCACAUGUGCAAGGAAUCCUAAUGGGCCAUAUCGCGACUAUAACACCUCCACCAUGAUGUGUGUGGGGGAUCCAAAGACGGGCAAAGAUUCUUGGAAGGGUGAUUCUGGAGGCCCCCUGGUGUGUGGGAAAACAGCCCAGGGCAUCGUCUCCUGGGGACCACCCACCCCUCCCGGGGUGUACACAAAAGUCUCUACCUUCAUCCCCUGGAUAUGGGAGACGAUGAGGAGGCUGCAGCCCUGAGCCAAGCUGGGAAUAGCUGUGGGGGCUGGAGCUGUGUCGCUUCUGUCCUUUGGUGAUGCCCAGAUGUUGGGCAUGCUUUUCAGAUUGUCUGAGCCCCCCUCUCCCCAGGCUAGCCCCCCGCCCAUUGCUCCAAACAGGCAAUGCCCAACCAAUGAGCAUCAAAGCACAGAAAAUAGGGGAGUUAGGAAACAGGUUCAAGACCAGCUCCCUUGGCAAUCCCAACCCCAAUCCUCAGGCUGCCUCUUUGCUAUGGAAACAGCUGGUUUAUUUCCCCCGGGGUAACGGACACAAGACAAACCCUGGGACAGACCUGGCGGUUGUAGCUCUCCCCCAUGUCAUCUGGUCGAGUGACCAUUGAUUGGGGGAUCUUCAUUGUUACCUGACCUGCUAACUCCUGUGAAAACUGCAGCCUGCCCUGUCCUCACUGGGCCUAUCCCCUGGGUUAGUUUAUUGGGCUGGACACCGCCCGUUCCAAACACACCUGUUCCCAGCGCUGGCGAGACCAGUGGGAAGGGAAUGCAGAGAAGGCUGCACUGAACUGAUUGCAGAUCAAUCCCCGGUGCUGAUCCCUCCUUCCCACCCUGCCGCGCGGCCUGCUGCAUUUCGCUCACUGCUCCAUUGCCAGCAAUGAAUAAAAAUGA